UGUGGAGGAACCGGCAGAUCCCCAGAGGUGGGCUGGAAUGUCCAGCUGAGCUCAGUGGGAGGAGCCAACAGCAUCUGGUGGAGAUGGAAGAGGCAGGCCUGUUCCUCCUUGUUUCCAAAUCGAAGAAGAUGCAUGUGAAAAGAAGAAACAAUAGCGGUCUGCCACAACUGCGUGCAAUAUGGAGUAUACAUUUAGAGCCGUAACUCACACUCCUGGGAUCAUAAUCUGGAGAGUUGAGAAAAUGGAGCUUGUUCAAGUCCCUGAGAAGUCACAUGGACAAUUUUAUGAGGGCGACUGCUAUGUUGUUCUCUAUACCCCGAAAGUCAAAGGCUCCCAGCACUGCAACAUCCACUUCUGGAUCGGCUCACAGUCCUCACUGGAUGAGCAAGGGGCAGCUGUAGUUUACACCGCACAGCUAGAUGACUUUUUGGGUUCCUCGCCGAUUCAGCUCCGAGAAGUUCAAGACCACGAGUCUGAUGUAUUCAGGGGUUAUUUUAAGCCUGGCAUAAUCUACAAGAAAGGCGGAGUUGCAUCGGGCAUGAAGCACACCGAAGUCAACACCUAUGACGUACAGAGGCUGCUUCAUGUCAAAGGGAGGAAACGGGUGGUGGCCAAGGAGGUGGUGCUUUCCUGGCAGAGCUUCAACCUGGGGGAUGUGUUUUUGUUGGACAUGGGUAAGGUCAUCAUCCAGUGGAAUGGACCAAAGAGCAACACUCAGGAAAGACUUAAAGGCAUGCUGCUGGCCAAAGACAUUCGAGACAGAGAGCGAGGUGGUCGUGCCGAGAUCAAGGUGAUCGAGGGUGACGAGGAGGACGACAGUCCUGAAAUCGUGGAGAGUAUGAUUGACGUUCUUGGGCAGAGGCGCAUCCAUCUGACAGAUGGACCGCUUGAUGAAGCCCCGAACCAGGAACAAAUAGGAAAACUCACUCUUUACCAUGUGUCAGAUGCUAAAGGGCAGAUGAAGGUCGUAGAGGUUGCUCGCAGACCACUAGUGCAAGAACUGCUUAACAAUAAUGACUGCUACAUUCUGGACCAUGCUGGGUCAAAAUUGUUUGUAUGGAAAGGGAAGAAGGCCAAUAAAGCUGAGAAACAGACGGCCAUGUCCAGAGCUAUGGAGUUUAUCAAAGCUAAAGACUACCCCAGCACCACAAACGUGGAGGUGAUGAAUGACGGAGCCGAGUCGGCCCUUUUCAAGCAGUUGUUCCAGGCGUGGACGGUGAAGGACCAAACACAAGGCCUGGGAAAAGGACACACAAGGGGCAAAGUUGCGACUGUCACACAAGAGAAAUUUGACGUCGCUCUGAUGCAUGAGAUGCCAGAGAUAGCUGCACAAGAAAGGAUGGUUGACGACGGUACAGGUCAAGUGGAGGUUUGGAGAAUUGAAAAUCUGGAGCUGGUGCCCAUGGACGCUCAUCGUCACGGCUACUUCUACGGAGGAGACUGUUACUUGAUCCUCUACUCUUACAUGGUGAACAACAAGCAGAGCUUCAUACUCUACAUAUGGCAGGGCCAUCAUGCCACACAGGACGAACUGGGGGCGUCUGUGCUUCACGCCAUUGAUAUGGACCACAUGUACGGUGGGGCGCCGGUUCAAGUCAGAGUGACAAUGGGAAAAGAACCCAAACACUUUUUGGCCAUUUUCAAAGGCAGAAUGGUCAUCUUUGAGGGGGGCUCAUCUCGAAAAGGACUUUCUGAACCCGACCCGCCAGUGCGACUGUUCCAGGUUCACGGUUAUGAGCCCUCCAAUACGAAAGCAAUUGAGGUUCCAGCGUUGGCCUCUUCUCUCAACUCUAAUGACGUGUUUCUGCUCAAGAGUCAGAGUGGACUGUAUCUGUGGUGUGGAAAGGGAGCAAGUGGAGAUGAGAGGGACAUGGCAAAGGAGAUCAGCUCCGUGAUUGGACACAACUCGGUGGGCUUCUAUAGCCAGAUUGUUGCCGAGGGUCUCGAACCUUUGGAUUUUUGGGAGAUGCUGGGAGGUCAGGCACCCUACGCCAAUGACAAAAGGUUGCAGCAGACUGUUUUGGACCAUGAGCCACGCCUGUUCGAAUGCUCCAACAAGUCGGGACGUUUCAUCGUGACCGAGGUGACCCAGUUCACGCAGGAUGACCUCAAUGAAGAUGAUGUCAUGCUACUAGACACAUGGGACCAGGUGUUUCUGUGGAUCGGUAAGGAGGCCAACAGAUUAGAACGCGAAGAGGCAGUGGUGACCAGCCAGGAGUACCUGCACACACACCCGGCCGACAGAGAUACUGACACACCUAUCAUCUUGGUCAAGCAAGGGUUCGAGCCACUCACCUUCACUGGCUGGUUCACUGCUUGGGAUCCUUACAAAUGGAGUGCGGGCAAGAGCUACGAGCAACUGAAGAAGGAGCUGGGAAACGUGGCGAGCCUUGUCGACGUUUUCACUGUUCAUAGCGAUGCUGAAAAUGAUGCAAGCUUUCAGUGUUUUCCUGCUGAGGUUUUAGUCAAAAAGCUUGUCAACGAAUUGCCAAGAAACGUUGAUCCAACCCAGAAAGAGAAAUACCUUACCGACAAAGACUUCUGCCACAUAUUUGGAAUCAGCAAAGACCAGUUUGCAAAUUUGCCAAAAUGGAAACAACUCAAUUUGAAAAAAGAAAAGGGGCUGUUUUGAUCUCGAUCAUGUUUCACUCUUUAACAUAUCCGACGACAGAGUACAUUGAAAUAGAACACGAUUUGGCAUGUAAAAUUUACAUGUUGGUGUUUUGCAGCAGUGGUUUAUUAAUCAAAACAUAUUAAUCAUAUUGGGCUUUGAGUUCUGUUGGCUAAACUGCCUCCUUUCGAUCUAGUCUGCCACCUGCUGGACAAAUAUUGUUAUAGCACAACUGGCUAAAAUAUUUGAGGUAAACAAAAAGAAUUGGGAUGACUCGAUUAUCAAACUAAAAAUGUUCAAAUAAAAUAUAUAACAAAGCACACAAGAUUUAUCAAGUUAUUUUAUUCACAAAUUUCAAUUCUGGUUUUCGAUUUACUAUAGAAUUCAAAAUUACUCCAAUGGAAAAAAUUUACAAGAAUAUAUACUUUUGCAUUUUUUGAAUGCACGUGAUCUGAUGACAGAACAAAAGAAAAUUACAAUUGGGAGUUAACACAUUGAGGGAAACUAUUUGAAAGUCUCUAACCAUAGCAGGUCAGAGAGCAAAUGAUGUGGCAGACAAAAAAAAGUCAUCAUUUGCGUGGCUAAGCAAGUAUUAGGACAAAACCAAUCAUGUUGAGCGAAGGACAAAAACAAUCAUGUUGAGCGACUAUACAAAUCAUAACAAAGAUCAUACAUGCUCAUUUCAUUAGCAAUCAAAUAUGGCAACAUAAUUUUGAUGUGUUUAUGGUAGUUUAAAUCUGUCUUUUUAAAUUAGGAUCAAAAGUGAAACCUGAUUUGUAAAUAAUCUUAACUCAUGCUUGAAAUGAAUUGCCAUGACACCAAUGCUAUGUGCAAGACAGUGUUCAAAAUGGUUUGAAGAUGUGCCAUGUGGAAUUAAAAACUGACAAAUGUCCAUGCAAUCAACAGCUCCCAAAGGCUUUAAAAAUAUGACAAAGUUUACAGCAAUCAGACAUGAAAGCUGGACUGCAAAUGUGCAACAAGCACUCUUCCCAUGCAGACAAAAGGACUUGCUUUCCCUAACUCAAGAUUGAUUCUAAAGGGAAUGUUUUCAACGCACAAACUUGUGAAAAGUGCAAAUGCUGCCAAUUCCCCCCCUAAAUCCUCAAAAUCGAUGAUGCAAGACAUAAAAAUACAACUGUUCAGUCAGGCAGUGAAUUGUGGUUCCCUUACUUUUUGACCAAA